AUCGGUCUCUCGGUCGGUGGAAGGCUAGGACCUCUCAGAAGAGGUGGAGUUUGCCGUAGUGAAGCUACGCGGAACCGGAGAUCUCCUGCGAUGCUGACAGAGAGCUGAAACGACAGACCCGCUGGCUCCCGUACAUGACAGCAUACAUCAGGCAUGGAGCUCCACAGAUCCUUGAGCUUGUGGAUAUUUUGUUUGUGUCUCGUUGGACAAAGUUGGACUGAAAAGCCAAGUUCACCUACACCGGCGGACAAUCAACCUGCUGAAAAUGGGAUGUCAGAUUUAUGUCGCAUCGAUGAGCCACUAUGCAAGGAUGAGAACGCCAUUCUCAGCUUUGAAGCUAUCCGCAAUAUCUAUAAGCAGAUGGAUGAUGAUGGGAAUGGCAAUGUAGAUGUUGUAGAGACAGACGGCUUCCUGAGAGAAGAUCUAAACUACCAUGACCCCAAGGCUAAGCAUAACACCUUCCACGGGGAUGACCAGUUCAUCAGUGUGGAGGACUUGUGGAACUCAUGGAAAGGCUCUGAAGUGUAUAACUGGACAGUGGACGGGGUCGUGGAAUGGCUCAUCCAUUAUGUGGAGCUACCGCAAUAUGAGGAUGCAUUUCGCAAAAUGAAUUUCAAUGGGAGUGCCAUGCCCAGGCUUGCUGUAAAGAACACCACGCUGACACUCUCUAUUCUGAAGAUUUUGGAUCACAGCCAUGUGCAAAAGUUGCAGCUCAAAGCUUUGGACACUGUACUCUUUGGAGCACCCCUGAUGAAAAGACACAACCUCUUGAAGGACUUCAUGGAGGCAGUGUCAGUAGUCAUAGGCAUAGGUGGAUGCUGGUUGAUACUGUAUUUAUACUAGACAGUAUACACUUGGUAUAAAGGUUGAAUUCAGUGAAUGAAUCUAAGCAUCAUCAGCUUAAGUUAAAACUUAUCUCUUCUAUACUUAAUGUAACCUAACUCUGACCAUGAACACAACAGCCACUGUGCACCAACAACAUGAAAUAGCCAAAAAUAGUUUAUGCAACAUAUACAGUGUAGGUUUGAGAGGGGAGGGUCCCGCCUUACCAGUUGCAUCCACCUUGCCAGAUUUGAGGGAUGGCUGUUGUCACCUAGAGGCACAGAAGAAAGCUCAUAUAUAUUUAAACUGAUGAUGCUGAUUAGAUUCACUCACUUGCACUGGCUUUGUACUUUCUCUGGGUUGUAAAUCAGCCAUGAUAGCAUCUGCUUAUAGCUUGUUGAAUUCAGUUGUGUAGAUCCACAAAGAGCA